ACAUUUGUAGUUUUUUUUUUAUUAUUGAAGGCGGAAUUUUCCUAACUUCCGCUUUCGGUCUGAAGGCGGGGGUGUGUUCCGGCAGCUGCUCGCGCCCCACCCUCUGUUGUUGUUUUUAAUAACAGUCGCGCACUGUGGCUCGUGCUGCUAUCAUCCCCGGAUUUCGGUGCCGCCGCCCGAGAGUUGGCUCGCCGCGCGCAUGCAGCAGAAUGGCUCGAGCGGUUCCAACGGUUCCAACGGUUCUUCUGACGGCGGCAGAGACCGGCAGCAGGCUCUGUCCUUCAGCCCGCUGCCCGCCGCUACGACACGGGUGAGGCGGUUCAUCCAGGAGAGACGGACGCUGCCUCUACCCAGAGUGAUGGUGGUUUUCUCGGCCGCGGGGGACACCGACAAACCGGGCGAUGCCAUGUCCAGCUCGGACUCCACUACUGCUGUGGAAGAUGAGUUCCGGAAGCCGGCCUCCCCGACACCGAGCUUCACCCUCAGCAAGCCGCUCCGCUCCUCGCUCAACACACCGGAGCAGGAGUUUCCGGAGGUCAUCUCGCUGAACGUUGGGGGCACGUACUUCACCACUCGCCUGUCCACGCUGCGGCGAUACGAGGACACCAUGUUGGCUGCCAUGUUCAGCGGGCGACACUACAUCCCACGUGAUGCUGAGGGACGCUACUUCAUCGAUCGGGAUGGCACAUAUUUCGGGGACAUUCUGAACUUCCUGCGAGAAGGGGAGCUUCCUCACAGGGAGCGGGUGCGAGCGGUGCACAGAGAGGCUCAGUACUACGCCCUCGGCCCGCUGCUAGACAGCCUGGAUGACACUCAGCCGCUCACAGGGGAGAAAGUUCGGCAAGCUUUCCUCGAUCUGAUGCCCUACUACAGAGACAAUCUGGAGCGUAUCGUGGAGAUUGCCAAACUGAGGGCCGUGCAGAAAAAAGCACGCUUUGCCAAGUUGAAGAUCUGCGUCUACAAGGAGGAGAUGCCCAUCACGCCGUACGAGCGCCCUCUUUUUAACUCUCUGCGUUUUGAGCGCUCGGACAGUGAGGCCAAGCUGUUCGAGCAUCACUGCGAGGUGGACGUUUCCUUCGGACCCUGGGAGGCGGUGGCGGACGUUUACGACCUGCUGCACUGCAUCGUCAGCGAUCUGGCGGAGCGCGGCAUCACCGCCGAGCAGCAGUGCAUCGGCGUCUGCGACAAGCAUCUUAUCAACCAUUACUACUGCAAGAGGCCCAUCUACGAGUUCAAGAUCACGUGGUGGUGAAGCUGGAGGGAGACAGUCGGGGCUGAUGGGACCAAAAAGCAAAAGGAGCGAUGUUCAAUUUUUACUAUAACUCGACCGAUAUUGGUUUUUGUAUUGAAGUUGCCAAUAUUUUGUGCUGAUAUCUUAAAAUGUGACCCUUUAAAACCCUGCUUCAACAUAUAAGUAUUCUGCUUUUGAAAAACCCUCUGAAGCAAACAAAUGACAGCGAGAUGAAACUAAUGCUGUCAAUGAUCGUGAGUCUAAAACAGCUUCAACACAAACUGAACAUCAUAACUUUGCAGAACUGCUUUAGUGUUCUCUAAGUGUGCUAAAUAACGUUUUGCUUCGGAGUGUUUUGCACUGUAAGUUGUGCGGCAGGGGAGAAACAUUAACGAAGGAUUAGAGCUGCAGAAAUGUGCAAAACAUCUAAAGUCUGAGAUGUUUGUCGCAUCAGGAGUGGGUGACCUUCCUUCUAAUUUAAAAGCCAAUUCUGCCCAUCGUCCUAAAUGUAUUAUUAUUUAAUUUAAUACAUUUAGUCGUUCCUAGUUUUGCCCUGAUCUUAAUUGAUAUGUGAUCUCACCAUCUUUCCAGAUCAAAGAAAUUACCUUGUAGUAAAUAUUGAAUAUUGUAAGUAGGUAAAGUCUGAAGUCAAAUCUGUAUUUUUUAGAUUUUAAGUUUAGUUUUAGGAUGCAGAUUAACUGUGAGCCUGUUCCUUUUUUUGGAUAAACAGAGUAUAUUUUACUUAUGCAACCUCCUGAGGAGCGUGUUUUUAAAGAUGUGAGAGAGGUCGGGUGGUAUCCAUUUAGUCAGUCUUCACAUUUUACUCGGUUAUUGAAGUUGUUGCACAUUAUGCAAAGUUUUCAGAUGAAAUACAGUCGUUUACACAUUUGUUCAUUGUUUAGUUAGAACAUGUAUAUUUAUUAUUGUCACUGUCACAGAGAUAAUCAAUAAUUAUUCUUAUUUAAUGUCACUUUCACCUUUUUCCACAUUACGACAUUAUGAAAUCCACCGAAGCUGCGAUAUAGAGUCAGAGAUAAGUUCGAUGUUAUUUCCUACUGUACUUGAUAAUGAAGCACUUUGUGAUUGUAACCAAUAAAUUAUUUAUUAUUAUUUAUUUUUUACCUCAAGUGAGAGUAUCAAACAAACAAAGAUGGCAAGCAGCAGCGCCGGCACCAGAUGAUUCAGAACACGGUUACUUUGUUGUACUUUGAUGCAACACUAAUCUCUGUUUACAAUAUUAUGUUUGCAAUUGUUUUAAUUGUUAUUCAUCUGUUUCUGUUAGCUUCUAGGAAGCUAUAGUUCGAAAGUAUUAUUUCUGUUUUGUUUGUUUGCAGUGAAAAAGAAAUGUCUUUUCUAUUAGUUAUGGUAAAAGUAAAAGAGAACUGCUAAA